AUGGCCACGUCAAUACCCGCCAUAGCCUGUCUAGGCGUCAUAGGCCGAAAUAACAACCCCCUCCACACGACCCUCUUCCCGACGACCCUCGACCCCUCGACGGGCCACCACGUACCCCUGCGCACCCCGCUCCAGUUCUCCCUCCUGCUCUCGGGCACCCUCGACAUCUUCGCCUCGCGCGCCCGCCACGCCUCCGCCUCGGGCACCCUGCUGUCGGGCGACUUCGGCCUGCUGCACGCCGUCGACGACCGCCUGGCCGCCUACGGCUGGGAGACCAACACGGGCGUCAAGCUCGUCGCCGUCGUCGACAUGCGCGGCCGGAGCUUGGACAGCCUGCCCGGCAAGGCCGGCCCCGGCGCAUCCUCCGCGUCCGCGUCGCAGAAGGCCUCCUCCUCCUCCUCCUCAUCCGCCGCCGCCACGGCCGCCGGCGUCGGUCUCAGGGAGGGCGAGCUCAAGGUCGUCUUCAGGGCCAUGCAGACCGCCUACGUCAGGCUGCUCCAGAAUCCCUUCUACGACCCCGACGAGGCGAAUGAGCUCGGCGCCCAGGGAGGCGUCAGGAGGAUCACGAGUAGGAAGUUUGCUGAGGAGAUGAGGAGGAUCGGUGACGUCUGGGUGCCGGGGAGCGUUGUUGCUUUGUAA